UAUGGCUUAUCUGGAAAAAGAAAAAGAAAAAGAAAAUUUGUGUUAACGGACCAGGUUUCUCUCUCGUGAGCUCAGUGAUCUACUGUACGAGCAGGAAACGACUUUGGGAGAAAAACAAAAUGAUUCAUAGGCACUUUUGCAUUUAAAUCAAUGUGGCUUCCUCAUCGCCCGAUCACGAGUGAAUGAUUAUGCUGUAUUUGUGGUGAUUUGCAGACCAGCCGAAAACGAAAGUAUGCUCAAAUUUGAAAGGGGAUUAUUUUAUUCUUGACAUAAGCCAACUUCCAUUGGACUUAUAUAAUUUUCCUGACAAAUACUGUAGGAGAAACGCAAUAUUGCGAAGUCUAUAAUUCAUCUACGUACGGUGCUAACUGUGAACUAAUUCAAUUUUGUGAAAUCUGUAUAUAAAGCGUUUUGGACUGCACUCUUAAACUGCCGAUGGAUCGAGACGCCAGGAAUAAACAGUCAUAAGAGGUUCAACGAUAUAUUUCGACUCAUUCUUCGUUCGGGACUUCCACAGGCCUGUGUAAAACAGUGACUACUACUGAAGACGGUGUGCCACUUCGCGAGCCUUAUAGGGCGUGCGCGAUCGGCUGCUUCUGUUGGUUGCCACGGUGACGCCACUGCAUGCAGUAAAGGGGCCGGGCUACAGGAGGCGGAGGAGCGACCCCAUCACCACGACACCACCCCCACCGCCGUCAGGAAUGAAAGAGAAGAGCAAGAACGCGGCCAGAAGCCGCCGCGAGAAGGAGAACGCCGAAUUCCUGGAACUGGCCAAGCUCCUGCCCCUGCCGGCGGCCAUCACCUCGCAGCUCGACAAGGCCUCCAUCAUCCGACUGACGACCAGCUACCUCAAGAUGAGGCACGUCUUCCCCGACGGGCUUGGCGACGCAUGGGGAGCGGCGCCCCCUCAAGCUAAUCCAAGAGAGGCAGCGAUUAAGGAAUUAGGAUCUCACCUUUUGCAGACCCUCGACGGCUUCAUCUUCGUAGUGGCGCCGGAUGGGAAGAUCAUGUACAUAUCCGAAACCGCAUCCGUACAUCUGGGACUUUCUCAGGUAGAACUAACGGGAAACUCCAUUUACGAAUAUAUACACCCGGCGGACCACGAGGAGAUGACAGCUGUACUUAAUUUAACCCACCAACCCGUGACGCAUACACCUUACGUUAGACAAGACGAAGAAAUUGCACGAACGUUCUUUAUUAGAAUGAAAUGCGUACUGGCCAAGAGAAACGCAGGUCUUACGACAGGAGGGUACAAGGUCAUUCACUGCUCAGGAUACCUGAAGAUCAAACACUACACCCUGGACAUGGCGCCCUACGACAGCUGCUACCAGAACGUCGGCCUGGUGGCGGUCGGCCAUUCCCUCCCACCGUCCGCCAUCACGGAAAUCAAGAUGCACUCCAAUAUGUUCAUGUUCAGAGCCUCGUUGGACCUCAAGUUGAUAUUCCUAGAUGCCAGAGUUGGAGUAUUAACUGGGUUCGAACCGCAAGACCUCAUCGAAAAGACGCUCUACCAGUACAUCCACGGCUGUGACAUGCUCCAUAUGCGCUUCUCACACCAUUUGUUACUAAUGAAAGGCCAGGUGACGACCAAAUACUACAGAUUUCUGACGCGAGACGGAGGCUGGGUCUGGGUCCAGAGCUACGCGACCAUAGUGCACAAUUCCAGAUCGUCCAGACCUCACUGUAUAGUAGCAGUUAAUUAUGUCCUCAGUGAGGUGGAAGCCCGCGACGGAAGACUUUCCUGGGAGCAAGUCGGUGGCGCCCGGGGGAGCGAGGAGGCCGGGGGGUGGGGAGAGAACAUGAAGGGCAUGGCCGGAGGGCGUCUCAAAUGCCGCACGUCCCCUUACCCUUCUCCAGCGCCUACAGAAGCUCUUCAGGAUGUGCUGGAGGGACCCGGGGGCACGCCCCUCCAUUACCCGUCAGCCCUCGCACCUCCGGCCCUAGCGGCGCCCCCUACCCCGUACCCAGAUCCCCGACUGGCCUGCUACCCGACGGCGUACGAAGUCUAUGACGACCGCUACGCGAGGAGCGACCCCCAUCACUACGCCGGCUGUGGAGGCCCUCUGGAUCCCACGCCCUUAGUGGGUCCUGCGACCAACGCCGCCACAGUCUGCCACUACAGCAGCAGCAGCAGCGUCAAAGGCAGCGCGGCGGCGGCGGCGGCGGCGGCGGCGGCGGCGUCCGUCGCCGGAGCAGCAGCGCCGGGUUACGAGGAGCGUCCUUGGAGCCACGGCUCCGGGAGCUCGUCGGCGUCCGAAGACACGCGAGGGGACUACCCCAGCAACAACAACAACAACAACAAUACCACCACCACCACCACAGCGGCGUCGGCCACCGCCAUGUCGAUGUACCCGCUGCACGACUACUACAGCAGCCACUCGCACGACAAGUUCUACGUCACGGACAAGCUGCAGUAUGCCAGCGACAAGGGCCAGUACACCGAGAAGCUCCAGUACUCCGACAAGGUCCAGUACGCGGCUGGGGUGGCGGGCGCCGGAGGCGGGGGAGGAGGGGGAGGAGGAGGAGGAGGAGGAGGAGGGAGUUGCGUCCGGGGGGUUUAUAGUUACGUGGAUGCCGCCCUCACCACGCCCACGGAGGCCUCCAUGGGCGUCAGUAGCAAGAGCCACCACCACGCCCUGCAGCAACCCGGAUAUACCUCGGUCAUCGUCGACGCGCAGCAGUACCACGCGCAGAACGAAUUCGUUCACUGAGACGGAACGACGAACGUCUCUCGCCCAAAGCCUCAGAGUCGUCGAGGCGACGCUGAAAUAUUAUUAUCACGACGUCCCCGUCGAAGGGGAAUCGAAAUCUGAAGGGCGCUUUCCGAAAGCAUCGUUCAGAGAGCGGCGCUUCGAGAGCGUAAUUUUGGUAACACUCUGGAAGUGUAUGAAAGUAACGGACUUAUAUACGCCUGUAUAUCAAAAUCUCCCAAAAGCAGAAAAAAAAAAAAAAAAUGGCUCAUACAGGUGAUUCCAAAAACGGAAAUUGGUCUCUGAUAAACAACGCGUAAAAAAAAAUUAAGUGCAAAUUCUUAUUUCAAACUGAGGAGGUCAGUGGUUAUGAGUGGUCAGGUCACAAACUGCUACAUGUUGCGUUCUCGAUCCAAACACACGAAUUUUAAUGACAUUGAAAAUUAUAGCAAGUUUAAAUGAAAAUCAUACACUAUAAUUUGCAAGUUAACAUAAGAGUUUGAAAUAUAUCCUAAAAUAAUGAAAUCAUGACAUGUAACGUCAUUAGGCAAAAAAAAAAAAAAAAAAAAAAACACACAAACACAUACACAAACGACAGAUGGAUCCAUCCCGCUCUUUUUCAAAUGAAUUUUCUCUCUCCCUUAUCAUGCUGUAACAUUUUCUCACUACUUCUCUACCUGCUUCUGUGUUCCCCUGCCUCUUAAUCAGUCGUUUCAUUCAGCGCUAGGUCUUCUUACUUCAUCUCCUCCCCCCCUUAAUAUUGUUAUUGUUUCGAUUAUUCCUGGCCUAAGGUACAGCCAAUUGUAUUCGUCAGCAUCUCCACUGUCACUAUAACCGUCUUCGUCAGCAUUUUCAUUGUCACUAUCACUGUCUUCGUCAGCAUUUUCACUGUACACCAUCACUGUCUCCGUCAGCAUUGUCAGCAUUUUUACUGUCACUAUCACUGUCUUCGUCAGCAUUUCCACUGUACACCAUCACUGUCUCCGUCAGCAUUGUCAGCAUUUUUACUGUCACUAUCACUGUCUCCGUCAGCAUUUUCAAUGUCACCAUCAUUGUCUCCGUCAGCAUUUUUACUGUCACUAUCACUGUCUCCGUCAGCACCUCUACAGUCACUAUCACCGUCUUCAUCAGCAUCCCCACUGUCACUAUCACCGUCUUCGCCAGCAUCUCCACUGUCAAUAUUACUGAUUUUGCAACUUUGCACCAUCUUCACUGUCACUAACAAUGUCUUCGCCAGCAUCUCCACUGUCACUAUCACUGAGAGACGAUGUCACCUUUAUCACCAUCAUCACCACUAGCAUCACAUUCAUCAACAUUGUUUUAAUCAAAGUCACACUAUUCAUAGCAUCGCUCUCAUUGUCUGCAUAUUUACACAAGAGCUACGAUGAGAUUCCUUUGAACUAUUAAUAUUAUUAUUAUUAUUAUUUAUCAUUCAGUAGAUGAAUCCAAUUCAUAUGGAACAAGCAAACCAAAGGUGCCAUUGACUUGAAGUUCAACCUUCCAAGGAAUAUGGUGUUCAUUAGGAAGAGGUAAGAAUUAGGGUAGUAAUGCAUUGCAUUUUCGCGUGAACUUCUAAAGUUCGACAACAAAAACAAUAAUAAUAAUAAUGAGAAUGGUAACAGCACAAAACGAAAUGGCGCAUUUUCUCAAACAUUUGAAUAUUUCCACCAGGAGGUUUUGUCUAGACAUUAAUGUUUUGCUUAUUCAUGUCAGUGGAUGUCGUGUUAACGCUCCGGAAAGUUUGAUAAAACGCUAUAAAAAAUUAUACAAAUAAAAAAGACGAUUCCGUGGCAUAGAAAGGGACAAUAAGGCACGAAAAAGCUCCUUAAAAAAGCUUCCAUUAAAAUUGUAGCAAAUAUUCAACUUUCUUUAUUAUUAGUUACGAUAAUUUUCUUUGUUCUCAGACUAUUCUGAAAAUGAUUAAAUAAAAUUCUUAUUUAUUCACCUCCACAAAACCGUGUUUCACGAAUUCGGUACCUAAAUUAUGCAAUAAGAUAAAAAUUUAAGGCUUAAAUAAUCGCAUAUACGUUUUGCCUAUAACUCAAGAUAGAUAGUUUAGUUAUGCUAAGUUAUUGAUUCUUCGAAAGCCGGGAAUGUUCACGAUUCUUGACGAAGAAAUUCACGUCAUUCAUCAACCAACGAUACGAAUCUGAGAUAUAGUAUUGGUCUUAUCCUUUACAGCUGUUAUUCAAUGAGCAAAACUCCCUUUGUUUUAAUGGAAAGCUAGAUCAAACAGAAGUAGGGUACGAUAAUGAAGGAAAAAAUAUUUAUAACACUUGCUUUUGAUUGCAGCGAGUCCCUUUCAAUACCGAACGUGUUAACUCUGAAAAACAGUUCGGAUUUUUUUUUCAUUCCCUCCAGUGAUUAGUGUGGAUUUUAUCGUGGACGUUUUAACACAUAUACACAUUCUUGAAAAGUCAUUGACUCCUUGGCAGAAAGCGAGGAAGAUCGGUUCUUUAGUGCCACAAGUUGCAAAAGUGUUCAGUUAGGUGACCUUUUCCACAUAACCAAGGACUUCUCAGCUGGUUUUCAGUAAAUUUUAUGUAUAUAUAUACAUUAUAUAUAAAUAUUUGCAUUAAGCUACAAAUGUCCAUUAAUAUCCAAUGCGCACUACCUCGGAAUUAAUAUAUUUUCAUAUAUGUUAACCAAAGGGGAUUUUUUUAGCUGAUAAUAAUCCCCCUUUAGUUAACAUAUAUGAAAAUAUAUUAAUUCCGAGGUAGAACGAAUUGGAUAUUAAAGGACAUUUGUAGCUUAAUGCAUGUAUAUGAAUCACGGUGAUGUGACAAAAAUUCAUAC